UGUCUCCUACUCCCGUCUCGGAAAGCCAGCGACCCCCACCACCAAACCCUAGCCGCGAGGCGGACGCGAGGAGAAGAGAGAUCCAUCCAUGGCGAUGCGGCAGCUGAUCAACGAGAUCCGGGGGAUGAAGGUGCGCGACGUGCCGGGCUACAUCAAGCCGCGCCUCAGCUGGGAGAACGUCAAGAAGAGCACCGACCAGGCCAUCGACCGCUACAUCGAGAAGUACAUCGACACCAGCUCGCCGGAGCCGCUCUUCCACGUCUGCUUCGGCAUCAUGGCGAUCUCCUACCUCGUCAACCUGCCCAAGGAGCGCCGCCACCUCGCCCACCUCGAGGAGCUCGAGAGGCAAGGCGCCGCUGCCGCCCACCACUAGAUCCCGGGUAUGUCUCAAGGACUUGGAGCUUAUCUGUGGUCAGCUCUUUUAUCUAAUGGAAUUUCUGUUUUCUUCCACCGAUGAGCUACCAGAAAUUGAUGUUCAUUUCAUGGUUUAUUUUGUACGGGAAGGCAGCAACAAACUGUCCAGUUUGUCAAUAUGCUCGUAUGCAUCUUAUCAUAAGCAACUUCAAACUAGGAAGUGCAUGCAUUGUGAUUAAAAACUUUUUCAGUUAAUUGAGCACAAGUGUUUCGUGCUAUACUCUUAUGACAGUUUUGUCUGCCUUUUGAUGUAUUUCGCUGCCUUUCUGGACUUGUAGAGAUAAGCUUGCUCAACUUUUCUUUCUGCUAUAUUUUGCUGCAGUUGGUACGUCGAUAAGUCAUAUGUGGUGCUUUUUGUGGCCUUCUCAAGGUUGCAAGCUUUCGUC